AUGCGUGGCACAGCCCUCGCCUCCGCCGCCAUCGCCGCCCUGGCUUCCCAUGCCAGCGCAAAAACGAUCACGGUCGAUGUCGGUCCUAACGGUCAAUUUGCCUUUCAGCCAAACAACAUCAAGGCAAGCGUCGGCGACGUCCUCUCCUUCAACUUCCACCCGGUCAACCACUCGGUCGUGAUGGGAGACUUUUCAAAUCCUUGUGCCCCGGCCAAGACGGGAGGCUUCUUCUCCGGGUUUAUGCCCGUGUCAAGCGGAGUGGGCAGCCAAACGUUUGACGUGACUGUCAAUACGACGGAUCCCAUCUUCUUCUACUGCGCCCAAAACACCUUUUCUCACUGCAUCAGUGGAAUGAGCGGCGUCGUCAACGGUCCUUCGUCAGGAAACACGUUAGAAGCGUACCAGAGCGCCGCCAAGUCCGUUAAGAGCGCAUCAAAUCCCGACACCGUCUUUGGAGGACGUCUGGUCGCCAAUGCCGCCGCAACAGAAACCACUGCUGCUCCAGCCAGCACUACCUCUUGCACUACCACCAAUAAAGCUCCCAACAGCAAUGGGUAUAAGCGGGACACUUGCUCUGGGGCUGGUUCUGUUCAGGCGUCCGUUGGAAUCGCCGCGUUGUCUCUUGGUAUGGCCCUGCUGCUGGCCUAG